AAUACUCAUAGCUAUGACGUUGACUAGUUGAGAAUGACAUUUUUUCAAUGAAGGUUUGCAAAUCUCAUCGAAUCUUCUUUCUCGACUCCAUUGCUUAUACAAUGUGGAAUAAAUAUAGCUUGCUUGAGCGUCUCCUUAUAUCGAAUGAAAACAUUACUGGACAUAUCCACGGAAAUGUUCAAAUACAUUGCAUUUUUGGCUGCACAAUUGUUUCAUAUAUUUUGUAUUUGUUAUUGUGGACAAAGGAUUAUAGAUCAUAGCAGUGAAACUUUAUUAAAAGCAUACAAUGGUUUAUGGUACGAAGCACCGAUAGAAAUUAGAAAAUUAUUACUCUUGGUGAUAAGACGAAGCAUUGAACCUACUCGAUUGACUGGUGGAAAAGUAUUUGUCUUUUGUCUAAAAGGUUUUUCAACGAUUGUUCAUACAUCUACCUCAUACUUUAUGGUGCUGUCCUCGGUAAAUUAAUUGUUAACGAUAAUAAUAAAUCAAAACUUGGA